UUAAGAAAAGUAGCCAUGGAGAACACUGAAAACUCAGUGGAUGCAAAAUCCAUUAAAAAUUUAGAAACAAAGAUCAUACAUGGAAGCAAAUCAAUGGACUCUGGAAUAUUCUUGGACAAUAGAUACAAAAUGGAUUAUCCUGAAAUGGGUCUGUGUAUAGUAAUUAAUAAUAAGAACUUCCAUAAAAGCACUGGAAUGGCAGCUCGAUCUGGUACAGAUGUAGAUGCAGCAAACAUCAGGGAAACAUUUAUGAACUUGAAAUAUGAAGUGAGAAAUAAAAAUGAUCUUACAUGUGAAGAAAUUAUGGAAUUGAUCUGUAAUGUUUCUAAAGAAGAUCAUAGCAAAAGGAGCAGCUUUGUUUGUGUAAUUCUAAGCCAUGGUGAAGAAGGAAGAAUUUUUGGAACAAAUGGACCUGUUGACCUGAAAAGAUUAACAAAGUUCUUCAGAGGGGAUCUUUGUAGAAGUCUAGCUGGAAAACCCAAACUUUUCAUUAUUCAGGCUUGUCGGGGCACAGAACUGGACUGUGGCAUUGAGACAGACAGUGGUUUUGAUGAUGACAUGGCAUGCCAGAAAAUACCAGUAGAGGCCGACUUUUUGUAUGCAUAUUCCACAGCACCAGGUUACUAUUCCUGGCGAAAUUCAAGGGAUGGAUCCUGGUUCAUUCAGUCACUUUGUGCUAUGCUGAAAUUGUAUGCACACAAGCUUGAGUUUAUGCAUAUUCUUACUCGUGUUAACCGGAAGGUAGCAACAGAAUUUGAGUCAUUUUCUUGUGAUUCUACUUUUCAUGCAAAGAAACAAAUUCCGUGUAUUGUGUCCAUGCUCACAAAAGAACUGUAUUUUUUUCACUAAAAAUGGUUGACUUUUUUUAAGUUUGUAUGUCAAGUGAGGAAACAAUAUAAAUGAUACUGUAUUUCCAUCUCUAAUUGAAUACUUCAGAACCAUACCAUUUCCUAGCAGAAGAACCACAAUGAAGCUACGUACCUCAAACUCAGAAUCAGGUAGUUGAAAAUGAAUUUAAUUAGGAAUAAAUAAGUAUGGAUAUUGGUGUAAUAAUUAUGAAAAGAAAGUAUUGUAAUUUUACAUCUUUCAUAAUUAGUGACACUUUAUGAUGUAUGGUAUGAAUUUUCAAAUAAUUAUGAGGAAGUUAAACAUUGUAGUAGUGAAUUUUAAGGAUACACCCCUACACACUUAGUUUUUGUCAGACUAUAAAAUUGAUGAUGUAGACUAACGUAUCUUAGACCUUAAGGAUCCAAGGGCAUGGUCAAAAGUUUGAACCUUUAUUUUAGAACUGAUGUAUGCAAACAAAACUGCAUUUUUAAGUCAGUUAUUAUAGCUUAUGAUUUUUGUGAUGCUUGUUCUGAGCAUGAGUUUCUUGUAAAAAAAAUCAUGUCUACUAUUGACAAGGAAAGAAUAUAUUUAAGAGAAAGUAUGAGUAAAUUGAGCUGAUUCUCUUAAGGCUAACAUGCCAUGUUGAUGGAGAGACAGAGUCAUAACUAUAAGGUGCUAAGAUCUGUCAGCAUGUUUCUUCUCAUUUGUUCUUAACAAAUCGGAUGAAAUUUACACACCAGCAAAAUACCUGAAGAUCUAUUAUGUAAAAACCUCAAACUAUUACUAGGAUGAAGAAAUUCUACAGAGACAUACUAAAAUACUGUCUGUACAAGAAACAGUGGAAUAUAAGGAACGAACAAUAAAUGGAUCCGUUGGGCAGGCUGUAACUUGAGAUGGUUUGAGCCUGAGCAGAGAUGUGGCAGUGUCCAAACAAUGCAGAGCUACAGAUGACACUUUAGAAUAAAGUCCUGCCAGAUGAUUUCUUCAGGAGCACACAGUGUGUGUGGAAGAUACUCCCAGGGCAUAUGAGAAAGUGAACCAAGUGAGAAAUCCCUAAAAUGGAGCUUUUCUGAAGAGCCACAAAAAUUGUAGUAUUCUUUGUAGCAUAAUUGAUAGUGUGCUAUAUUGUGCAGAAGUUUACAAUCAGAGGAAUAGUAGUGGUAACAUGUUAUACUGUUACCUAAAAUAAAGGACCACAGCACAAAGGGCUUUAGAAGCAUCCAGUCGGAGCCCUUCUUGCGCCUGCGGGGAAACUGCAGGCCAGCGCUCAGCCCCACCCAGGGAGGCCAGGCUCCAAGCUUCCUUCUCAGCCAUGGCUGAUGGCACCUGUGUGCUUCACAAACUUUCAGUCUGACAUUUCCUGUGAACUUCCUUUUGGCUCAAAGAAAGGAAUUUACAUUUAUAAUUGACAACUAUUUGUUUUGAUAAGAUCUAUUAACUUUUCCUAAGUAAAAGUAGCAUGUAAUGAUAUCCUAAGAUGAGUUUUUGUGUGACAAUUUUGUAAAAGUUUUUUAAUUUGCAUUUUUAUUUCCAAACAUAAAUUCAGAUUUAAAUUACCAA